AAUUCUGGUACUGCUACUAUUCACAGCAGUUUGAGUUGUACAAAUAUGGGCAUUGGAAAUGGAAAUGGUAGGUAGACGAUAGAUGCUCCAAAAAGGGAACAAUCAUCUUCUUCUAUACUUUGAUUAAUUUCUGCACUCAACAAUCAUGUCACACCCUCUUCCUAUUCUUCACUACAAUCCUCCUUAUUCCUUCUUCUUCUCUUCAACUACUGCUUCUCAUUCCUCUCCCAUUUCCAUCUCCUUCAAACCACAAAGACCGCAUUUUCUUCUUCUUCAUCUUCUUCCUUCUCCCCUAAACGCCUUACCCCAACGCCAACACCACCACCAACUCGGCGACUCGCCCCUUUCCAUUCAGCUCACGCCAAUUUCUACCGAUGACCAAUUUGAUCACCUCCUUCACCACAAUCAACAUCCUCUCAUCAUUGUUUGGGUGGCAAAUUGGUGUAGAAAAUGCAUAUACUUAAAACCAAAAUUGGAAAAGUUGGCAGCGGAAUAUUAUCCAAGAUUAUGUUUCUACACUGUCGAUGUCAAUACAGUUUCGCAUAAACUUGUUGCUCGGGCUGGUGUCACUAAAAUGCCAACAAUACAACUAUGGAAAGAUGGGAAGAAACAAGCUGAAGUAAUAGGUGGCCAUAAUGCAUAUUGGGUAAUAGGUGAUGUUCAGGAAAUGAUUGAAAAUGAGUGCAACACUUGACAUGAAGAUCAUAACAUGCACCAGACAAUUUUCUUUUUCUUUUCUCUUCUUUCUUUUCUUUCCAUUUUUCCCACCAAUAUCUUAGUCUAACUUGAAUGGUUUUGAGGAAAUUAUUUUCUUCCCUUCAUAAAUACCAAAAGGGGAUUUUUGAUAUUGCUGUUCUGUUCUUUCUCUAGAAGUAUUGGAGUUUUUAAUUUUCUACAAACUUUAUGUGACCAACUUUGAUUUUCUUUCUGUACAGUCUAUGAUUGCCUCAAUUAUAA